GGACCUUGUUCCCAUUUCACACUCUUAAUAUAAGUCGAAUGUUGAUCUAAGUAAUAAAGUUCACUCGUCUAAGUUGUACUUAAAAAGCUUAAAGGACCAUUAACCUUGAUUUUAUUCAGUCUUAAAACAAGCCCUAGACUUAACUCCAAUUGCCUUGAUACUCAUCAUAACUCAACAGUGGUACCUCUAAAAAUAUUACAUAUAGGGAAAAUUUAACAAGCUUAAUUCAGCCAAUCUUCGAGCGUAAUCUGGAAGCAAUCUCAUGCAGAUGUUUGAAGUAAACGAUCGCUCUAAUAAAAAACUACCCAACGGCUCAAGGUCGAUGCAGCACGCCCCUUGCGAGAAUACGUAACACGUGAUGCUCUUGCACGUGAGAGAGGUAUGGAUGAGGAAAUUAUCAAGUUACACAGUCGGUUAACAUAAACGCUGGGGAUUUUCCUACCGUGAGCUGCAUGCUGCUAGUGUGAACGGAAUGGUGAAAAAUGACCCGGCUUAUUACCCUCAUACGGGACUAUUUAAGCGGAGGCGCAGCUCAACUGGUAACCGACUUAGCGGUUUUUUAACGGAAGAAAGAAACGAAGAAUACACAGAUAAUAAAAAGGAAACAAUCGAAGGAACCAGGAAAUAGCAAAGAUUUGCCAUGCCAGCUUACGAAGCAACCACGAGCAGCAUAGCGCCAGAGAUCUGCACGGGCCCAAAGCGCGUGGCAAUGAUCUCGGUGCACGGCAAUCCCUUGGUACCAGAUUCGGAACUCGGCUCUGACGGCAAGGGAGGUCAAAACGUCUAUGUUCGUGAGGUGGGCAAGCAGUUGUCCAAGCUGGGGUUCGAUGUCACCUGGUUUACACGAAGCGAAUCGCCAGAAGAAGUGGGUGUGGUCACGCUAUCGCCAACUCUCCGGUGCCAGUACAUUGUAUCUGGGCCUCAGGAGCACAUCAACCGGGACUUCCUGUUCCCGUACCUAGAUGACUUCAUUUCACAAAUAGACACAUCAAAAUUCGACUGCGCCUUCACAAACUAUUGGCUGAGCGGUUACGUUGGCCUGCGCCUCGGCUUGCCUCAGCUUCACGUCCACCACUCCCUGGGGAGUCAGAAGUAUGAGCGUGAGCCCAUGCCAGAUAUCGGGCCAACCCGACUGAAGGUAGAGGAAGCCAUUAACAAAAACGCAGAUUGCAUGGUGCACCAAACAGUGUCUGAAGUGGAAUCGUGCAAAGCGACAAACCCGAUACUGAUUAAAGCUGGAAUAAACACUGACCGCUUUGCAUCAUUAGACUUAAAGGAAUCGAAAAAACAACUUGGCUUUAGGCACGAUACCAUAAAUGUGUUGUUUGCUGGACGUUUUGCGACUCAAAAAGGCAUUCCAUAUGCUAUUGAGGCUAUGAAGAAAACCAAAGUACCUCAUAGAUUUAGACUGGUCGGCAACUAUAAAGGAAGCGAUUAUGAAUAUCUAGUCAAAGAAAACACUCAGUUCGAAUUUUUAGGACAAAAAACUCCAGAUGAACUUUCAACGUAUAUGGCAGCAUCAGAUAUUUUGAUAAUGCCAUCUCUGUAUGAACCUUUUGGAAUCGUUGCAAUUGAAGCAAUGGCCGCUGGCUGCUGCAUGAUAGUGACCUCUGUCGGUGGGCUGGACGAGAUCGUUCAAGAUGGCGUGCACGGCUGCAAAGUCCCCCCUGGUGACGCUGAGGCCAUCCGCAAUGCGUUCGAAAAACUUGCUUGCAACAGAGAUAGAGUUCGAAAAACAGGAGAAGACAACCGCAAAUUUGCCAUUCAAAAGUACAGCUGGUCAGCUACAGCAACUAGGAUUGGACAAAUGCUGGACAGGAUUGUAGAGACUAAGCGAAAAGUUCCCUUCCGAAUUGCUCGUAGAAAUAACCGUGGGAUUGCGAUGGGAGUGGCAUAAAAAUUGAUAGUAACAUGAUCGCUGCGAUUGAAAAUGGCAUUUUUUUUACUAUUCAUUAAAUCGUAUUUUUGUACUUGAAGAUUGUUCGUAAACUUAGAGAUCUAACCGAUAAUGUCGUUAUUUUGCUACUGUUGAUCAUCAUUUUGUUCAUUACUAAUACAAACGAGAUUUUAUAUAAAGUGCAAUACAUUGAGAUGCUUUUUGUUUUGAGUCUAAAUCGUUGUCAAUGA